ACUGAAUCGUGUCCGGACGUGUCCGGAGAGAUUUGACCACGAUGGUCAGUUGACCGUAACCUUGAUAUCAGGUUGGUCUGUAUGACCUUACGCCGAUACCACUUACAGUCAUAAUGCAAUGAAGAUGAGUUUUACUUCAGGAAUUUUAUUCAGGAAAAAGGCAUUGUGACGAGAUGUCAAUGGCCAAUUAUGUGGAGAGUCAGAGUAACACCCAUGUGAUCAGCGUCCGUAACGGCCAAUCUCGAUUUGUACGCAACUCCAGUUCCUUCUACAGAGGAAUGAAGAAAGAACCCGGGAGGAGGAUCGUCCGCGAGCGAUCAGACAGCGCGAGACCGGAAGAUGACUUUGACGAAGAUGAUUUCAAGUUUAAAAAGUUGACUUUAAGGAAAUAUAGUAGACUUUUGAAAGCAGCACGCCGUUCAUCAGAUUGGACGUGGAACGAAUUCGAUGAUUGUUCUGAGGAUGAUACAGAUAUAGAAGGAGAAACUUCCAAGAGCUAUGACUACAAUGCUAAGAACCACUAUAAGUGUCUAUGCGAGGCCAUGGAUGCUGUUCCGUCUUCUGCGUUCCUCCGCCAGGUAGACGGCUCUACACUAAAUCUGUCCACCAGCUACCUCUCACAACAGGAUAUCCGGAUAAUGAGCUUUUUCUUAUCGAACAACGCUACCAUUCUACACUUGGACAUAUCCGGAAAUGAUAUCGGACUGAAAGGGGCGAUCGCUCUGGCCGACGCUAUUCGGGAAAACGUUUUCAUCGCUGAUCUUAAUAUUUCAAACACAAAUAUCGAUGCCAAAGGUGUCCACGCUUUGGUCAGCGCUCUGCUUCUAAACAGAACGGUCACCAAACUGAAUCUAUCUGGUAACAAGUUGGAUAACGAUUUCACAGCAGACCUGACAAAGCUAAUCGAGAGGAGCGACUACAUAUCCGACCUUGACCUUUCUCAUAAUGAGCUGGACGAGCUGGCGGUCUGCACGCUAGCUCCCGCUAUAGCCGAAAACGUGACAUUAAAUAGGCUGAACCUUGGAUGGAACCACUUCCGGAGAACAGGAUCCACCAUUAUCGUCAAGGCGAUUUGUAACAAUGUAGAGCUACAGGAAGUCGACCUGUCGUGGAACGGCCUGGGAGAAGAGGGCUGUCGCGCAUUUAAGGAAUGUCUUGGUCAAAACCACACCAUCCAGUCUUUGGACAUCUCCAAUAACCGGAUCGCCUUCCAAUCUCUCGGAGACUUCAUUGAGGGUCUGGUCAAAAACGACACCCUGACACAUCUUAAGAUGCACGGUAACCCGAUAACCACAGAGGGUGCCGAAGGAUUGUGUGUCGCUUUGCAACACUGUGAGACCACAGCCAUGGUAGAGAUCGAUAUCAAGGAUACACCUGUCGAUGAAAAACUUUUCAAAGCCAUUAACGAUUUGUACGCUGUCCACAAUAUCAAAAUCAUCCAUCGUGAACCAGUGGGGCAUCGGUUUUCGCCUAUAAAAGAGCGGGCGGAACAGAGGGAUUUUGACCCAGUCAUGGUUCUGUUUGAGUACAUGAAGCAAGAAAAUCUACGUCUUAUAGAUUUGUUCCGGAAUUUGGACCGAGACCAGAACAACGAGAUUUCCCGAGAGGAGUUCCGGGAGGGAUUCAUGAUGAUGAACAUCAACUUAUCGGAGGAAGGCUUAGAUCGUCUGUUUGAUAAAAUGGACAAAAACAAGGACACUAGCGUCGAUCUACGUGAGAUGAUCGAAUGCAGACGGGAAGUGACUCGACAAUAUCUGAAGCCUGGAGCUAAUUUAAUUGAAGAAGAACGAUAUAAGGAAAUGGUUGCCCAAAUCAAAAUCAUGGUGGCAAAAACACGGGGUGGCAACUCAAAAAAGUCUCCGCGAACUAUCAAAAAACUCUCCAAAACAGAACAACCAUUUCCAGCGAAAUAAAAUGUAUGAUGUGAUA